GUUCGUCUCCCAGUCAGCUGAUUCAGAGGAAGCAGCUAGCUAGGGUUAGCUGCUAGUUCGCAACCAUACUACAGGUGCCAGCACGCCGUACAAGCAGCAUCUGAAAUGCAUUGACAGUACAAGCUUACCUUCCUUUCGAAACCCCAAAAAAGAAAGAAAAAAAAUCUGGAUGUAUAACUGAGUUUCUAAGAGUAACCGGUGCUCGUUCGUUUUCGCCAGCAUCGAGGAGGAGCGGAUCUUGACAAACAGAAGAUCGCCUUGUCCUUCGCUUCUCUUCUCUGUUUCCCGGAAAGUUCCUCUCCAUCUCUGGCCACUGGAAGGCCAUUUUCCAACCGUGGUGCCAGAAAAGGACGCUGAGAAAGCCACAGUUUCAGGCUGAACUGGAUUCAAUGAGGGAGCCAGAGCGGGAGGAGCAGCCUGACACCAGCAUGCCCCCCAAGUUUAAACGACAUCUCAAUGAUGACGAGGUCACAGGAUCCAUUCGCAGCGAGAGGAGGAACCUGCUGGAGGAGGACUCUGAUGAGGAGGAAGACUUCUUCCUGAGAGGGCCAACUGGUCCCAGGUUCGGACCUCAGAAUGACAAAAUCAAACAGGUGCAGUCACAGGUUGAUGAAGUGAUUGAUGUGAUGCAGGAGAACAUCUCCAAGGUGAUAGAGAGAGGCGAGCGCCUUGACGACCUGCAAGACAAGUCAGAGAGCCUAUCAGACAACGCAUCUGCCUUCAGUAGCCGUGCCAAGCAGCUGCACAGGAGGAUGUGGUGGAGAGACAUGAAGAUGAAGAUCAUUAUUGCCCUGGUAGUGAUUGCCCUCAUGCUGAUUAUCAUCAUUCCAGUUAUUAUGCGGUUCCACUAGUGUCUGAAAUGGAGGAUGGGGGAGAAUCCUCCUCUUCUUCCUCUACCAUCUCUCCUGUAAACAGUCCUCCACACCAGCAAGGGGGCACCAGCCAGCCUCCCUCACCUCCCCUAUGUCAGCCCAUGGAACAACUCCCACCCACCCUUACUACUGAUCAUAUUGCUCAAAAUUAAACAAAAUCCUGCUAUGAGAUCAGUAGUCCUGGUCAGUAAGAUAUUUGACUUGAAAUAAGGUAGUGGAGAAACACAGGGCUUCAAAGAUAUGUUUUACUGCCAUAUAGGUGGUCAGGGAGGAAAAAAGCUGUCUCUCAGCCCUCUAGUCAAUGUGAAGGAGAAUCCCAUUCCACAAUGUUACAUAUCACAUUUAGGGCAGCUCCUUUGUCCUGACUACAUAUCACAUGUUAGAGAUAGAUGAUGUGAUGGCAGAGGCUACAUGCUCUCUGCCUGUCUCUCUCAGUUUGGCUAAUCUGAAUCUGCUGCAUAGGCCUCAAACAGAGGGGCUGUGACAUUCUGCAGGUGAACCUCACGUCUACCUGCAAUCCUUUUUUGCCCUCUGUCGACGCCUCCCUCCUCAAACACAGCAGAGGAGACUCUUAAAGGGAAGGGUUUAACAAAUGAGAGCACAUUCCCAGACAGGAACACUUUGGAGUUUCAUUUGUGUGCUGCCGGUUAAAGAUGGCUUUCUUUCCAUUGUCUUUCUCUGAUCUUAAGAUAUAGGUUCAGUGAGAGCAAAUUUCUCAAGAACAAUUGCUUUCACUUUCUUGAGUAUGCUCCUGUGAGUACAGAUGACGGAUGGAGAAGGCAUGAGAAAAGGGAGGCAUCUCUUUGGUGGGGAAAAAGGCCUGCUUUAUUCUUUUUGUCAUCACUGUACUCAGUAAAUCGCCGCUGUCUGUCCACUACUCUGCCUCCCGGUAACUUUCUUAUCGUGUAUACCGGGACUGUGUCAAACCAAAACAUGCAGAUUAUGAAUGUCUCCCCCCCCCUCCACUCUGUACCCUAAACAACCUCUCGCCUCCCUCCUUGUGUUCUGCUGAGGUCUAGGGCGGCUUGGUCACGGCUGUCCCACUUUCCUGCUAGUGACAUUAAGUUAUCUCUCACGUUCCCCCCUUGGUUCUGUUGAAGUCUGUUCUGAUAUUGCGAUUAUUCAUUCUGAUAUGUGCUUUUUUUGUUUCCUCUUCUGACGAACUGUAAACAUGAUGCUUAACAUGAAUGUCUGCUGUUAUUCUCAGCAUUUUAUCCUGGUGUACGUCUAUGGUGUGCACGAGGAAUGAUGAUUAAGGAGAUUGAACCUGAAUGUUGCACUGUGGAAAAACUAACACAUACACACACACACAGAGUUCAUUGUAUCUGGUUUGUCUGUAUAGUACUGUAUCCCCCUCCUACACUGUCAUUCCUCUUAUUAUUUUACACGUAAUUUAUUUGAGCUGUAAAUAUCGAUUCUGUAAUGAUGUACAAUACUGCAGCAUUGCAUUGGAAGACUGUGAUAUACUGCUCGGAUACGCACUGAAAUAAAGUGAUUUU